UUCGCGCCAUAAACACAACUGUAGUUUACUAGCGUUUGUUGUGCGUCACAAAAUAAUAAUUUUAAUUACUAAUUACUUUUAAUUUUUUAUUUUAUUUAAUUAAUUAAAUUUACAAUGAACAAACGAAACGCGUCAUUUUCAAAAACUCCCGCGAAAAAGGGAAAAUUUAAAAAUGACGACGAUGAUGAUGAUGAUGAGCUGCCGAGUUCUUUUGUCGCUGAAUUAGCGACAAUGAAUGACAUGGAGGAAGACUUUGGUGAUGUCAGUCAGUUUUUUGAUGAAGAGUGUCCAGAAGAAGAGAACCCGUCGUCAAAAUGGACUCGCCCAGCAGCUCCCGAGCUGAACCCCAGCACAGACUCGCUGACCUUCCAGCAAAUAGAAGUCGACCACUACAUCGGCAAGCCACUUCCAGGGAUGCCCGGUAGCUCAGCCGGUUCCAUCCCCAUAAUCCGCAUGUUCGGUGUGACCAUGUCAGGAAACUCCGUGUGCUGCCACGUCCACGGUUUCUGUCCGUACCUCUUCGUAACCGCGCCCGCGAACUUCACCAACCAAAACUGUCGUCCAUUUCGCGACGCCCUGGACGCGGCUCUGCGCAAAGACAUGCGUUCUAACCCCGAGAACAUAUCAGAGACCGUGCUGGCAGUUUCCCUCGUCCAGAAGCAAAACGUCUACGGCUACUCCGGGCCCAACCUCUCGCCCUUUUUAAAAAUAACCGUCGCACUUCCACGUCUGGUCGCGGCCUGCAAGCGCGUCCUGGAACGGGAAAUCGUCUACCCGACGUUCACCCACGAGUACCGCGCAUUUGAAAGCAACAUCGACUUCGACGUUCGCUUCAUGGUAGACACCGGCGUCGUCGGCUGCUCGUGGAUCGAACUGCCACCUGGUAAAUGGCACCAGCGAGCCAAACACGGACACAAUCAUCCUCUGCGCACCCGUUGCCAAAUAGAAGUCGACGUCGCCUACGACCAGUUCAUAGCCCACGCACCCGAAGGCGAAUGGUCCAAAGUCGCUCCCUUCAGGAUCAUGAGCUUCGACAUAGAAUGCGCAGGUCGUAAGGGAAUUUUCCCAGAACCAAACCACGACCCGGUUAUCCAGAUCGCCAACAUGAUAAUCCGUCAGGGUGACCCUGAACCCUUUCUCCGCAACAUCUUUACUCUAGACACCUGCGCCCCAAUCGUCGGUUGCCAGGUCCUCAGUUUCACGACCGAGAACCUCAUGCUCCAAAAAUGGGCCGAAUUCGUUCGCGCAGCAGACCCUGACAUUUUCACCGGCUACAACAUCAACAAUUUCGACUUUCCCUAUUUGAUAAACCGAGCGAAUCACCUGAAGGUCAAAAACUUCUGCUUCCUGGGCAGAAUCAAGGACAUCAAGUCCGUCAUCAAAGACCAGGUUCUCCAAAGCAAGCAAAUGGGCCGACGUGAGAACAAGUACGUCAACUUCGAAGGCCGGGUUCCCUUUGAUUUGCUCUUGGUCCUAGUGCGCGAUUACAAGUUAAGAUCCUAUACCUUGAACGCAGUGAGUUACCACUUCCUGCAAGAGCAGAAGGAAGACGUCCACCACAGCAUCAUAACGGACUUGCAAAAUGGCGACGCUCAAACGAGACGCAGGUUGGCGGUCUACUGUCUGAAAGACGCGUACCUCCCUCUUCGACUCCUGGACAAAUUGAUGUGCAUUAUCAUUUACAUGGAGAUGGCCAGGGUCACCGGGGUCACGCUGACCAGUCUACUGACCCGGGGUCAGCAGAUAAAAGUCGUCUCCCAGUUGCUGCGCAAAACUCGGGAGCACAAUUACUUGAUGCCAGUUAACACCGGGGGAAUCAGCGACGAGCAGUUCGAUGGCGCCACUGUCUUGGAACCAAAACGGGGUUACUACAGCGACCCCAUAGCGACCCUCGACUUCAGUUCCCUGUACCCUAGUAUUAUAAUGGCCCACAAUUUGUGUUACACGACCUUGUUAUCGGUAGCCGGUAAAAACAAAUUGAACAUCAACGACGAUGACGUCACCCGGACUCCGUCGAACUCCAUGUUCGUGAAGAGCAACAUCCGGAAGGGAAUUUUGCCCGAGAUUUUGGAGCAUUUGUUGAACGCCCGUAAGAAAGCCAAAGCCGAAUUGAAAAACGAAACAGACCCGUUGAAGCAGAAGGUCCUAGAUGGCAGGCAGUACGCGUUGAAAGUAUCAGCGAAUUCUGUCUAUGGGUUCACUGGCGCCCAGGUUGGAAAGUUGCCAUGUCUAGAAAUAUCCGCCAGUGUCACCGCUUUCGGAAGGCAGAUGAUUGACUUCACCAAGCAGCAGGUCGAGGACCACUACAAGGUUGCCAACGGCUACGACCAUGACGCGAAGGUUAUUUACGGUGACACCGAUUCGGUUAUGGUAAAAUUUGGAACUAAGAAAAUAGAAGAGGCCAUGGAACUGGGCAAAGAAGCCGCGGAUUACGUGACCAGCAAAUUUAUAAAGCCGAUAAAGUUGGAAUUUGAGAAAGUCUACUACCCGUAUUUGCUGAUUAAUAAGAAGAGAUACGCCGGGUUGUACUGGACUAAGCCGGAAAAGUAUGACAAGAUGGACUGCAAGGGAUUGGAGACAGUCCGACGAGACAAUUGUCCUCUGGUUGCGAAUAUGAUGAACACUUGUCUGAAAAUUUUGCUGAUCGAACGUAACCCCGAAGAGGCUUUAGAUUACGCGAAGAGAGUUAUCAGCGAUUUGCUGUGCAACAAAAUAGACAUCUCUCAGUUGGUGGUCACCAAAGAGUUGACAAAAACGGAUUACACUGCGAGGCAAGCGCACGUGGAACUUGCAGCACGUAUGAAAAAAAGAGACGCGGGCACGGCGCCCAAAUUGGGCGAUCGGGUUCCGUAUGUUUUCACCUCCGCAGCUAAAGGAACUCCAGCUUAUCUGAGGGCUGAGGAUCCUAUUUACGUUCUGCAGAACAAUAUUCCACUGGAUGUCAAUUAUUAUUUGGACAACCAGCUGUCAAAGCCACUUGUGAGGAUUUUUGAACCCAUUUUGGGCGACAAGGCGGAGUCUUUGCUGCUAAAAGGCGAGCAUACGAGAACUAGGUCCAUUGUUACCUCGAAGGUUGGGGCUCUGGCGGCAUUCACGAAGAAGAAGGAGUCCUGCAUUGGGUGCAAGAGUGUGCUGACGGCUGAUAGGGAGAAAAUGGCGGUUUGUAAAUAUUGCGAAGCUAAAGAAGCGGAGUUGUAUCAGACGGAAUUGCUGGCUGGGAGGAAGUUGGAGGAAAAGUUCUGCAGGCUUUGGACUGAGUGCCAGAGGUGCCAGGGUAGUUUGCAUCAAGAAGUUUUGUGUACGAGUCGCGAUUGUCCAAUUUUCUACAUGAGAACAAAAGUCCAGAUGGAUUUGGAUACUCAGAUAAAACGUAUCGAAAGAUUCGGGGCUCCUGAUUGGUAGACUUUCCAUCAUAACCAAAAAAAUUCUGUCGUUACUAUUAAUCACUUAUUUAAUUAUUAUUAUUUAAAUUACAAAAAACUAAUUGGUCCACUCCAAGUGCUCAUUAAAAAAUUUCAUUGUAUUU